CGUAUUCCUCCCCUUCUUCCUUCCCUUCUUUCAAAUACUACACAAAAGCUUUUACUACAAAGAAAAACUCUCUUUCUAUCUUCAUUUUCUUCUCUCUGAUCAUUCCCAUUUUGAUUCUUGUUUUCUUAGACCAAAAUGGAAUAUGGACAUGUUCAAAGACCAAAGUACGACUGUCUUCUUUUUGAUUUAGAUGAUACUUUGUAUCCUCUUAGCACUGGUUUGGCAUCAAGUGUUCGUAAGAAUAUUGAAGAUUAUAUGGUUGAAAAGCUUGGUAUAGAACAAAGUAAAAUUGCUGAGUUGGGUAAUUUACUGUACAAGAAUUAUGGGACUACAAUGGCUGGCCUUAGGGCAAUUGGCUAUGAUUUUGAUUAUGAUGAAUACCAUAGUUUUAUCCAUGGGAGGUUACCUUAUGAAAAUUUAAGGCCUGACCCUGUUCUGAGAAGUCUUUUGCUAAGCUUACCAAUCCGCAAAGUUAUCUUCACAAAUGCUGAUAAGGUCCAUGCUCUGAAAGCUUUGAAUAGGCUAGGAUUAGAAGAUUGUUUUGAAGGGAUUUUAUGUUUUGAAACUCUGAAUCCAAUUCACAAGAGCACUCCAUCAGAUGACGAAGACGAUAUCGAGUUUUUGGGAUCAGCUACAUCCUCAAACACUGCUGCUGCUACUAAUGGCACUGAGAUCUUUGACAUUAUUGGUCAUUUUGCUCAACCUAAACCUGGAUCAGUAUUGCCAAAAACACCAAUUGUCUGCAAACCUUCAGAAAUCGCCAUUGAACGUGCUUUAAAGAUAGCCAACAUUAAUCCACAUAGAACUCUUUUCUUUGAAGACAGUGUACGUAACAUUCAAGCUGGCAAGCGCGUUGGUCUUGAUACAGUAUUGGUUGGCAAUUCACAAAGAGUUGUAGGAGCAGAUUAUGCAUUAGAAAGCAUCCACAACAUAAGGGAAGCAUUACCACAACUUUGGGAAGUUGACAGGGUGGCUGAAGUUAACUACUCAGGUGUUGCUGUUGAGACAUCUGUCACAGCUUAAGAUAAUAUAUCAAUGCCUUAGUACUGCUGCUGUUGGGAGAAAAAAAAAGUCAUGAUCCAAAAUUAAAUGAUGUAGAUGUUUUGUUGUCAUUAUCAAAUUAAUUAGUCUGUUAGUACUUCCUUUCAACUAGUGAUGAUAAUGAUCCACAAAUCUUGUAAAUAAACUCCCUUCUGUUUCUCCAUUCUAUUUAUCACGCUCUACUCUUUCUAUGAUUAUAUAUAAUAAAGUCGAAUUACUCUUAUUA